AUGAUAUCCGCAAGGUCUACCUUAUCUGGGCAUGUGGGUCGGAGUCUGGGACUCGGGGCAGAAUCGCAAACUUCACACCCCAUAUCAACGCCACCACCACCACCGCCCAAUCCAAAUCUCCAGAAGGCCAAACGCCCAAUCUACAUCCGCCUGCCUAUCGCUCUCGCUCUCACUCUUCUCACCUUCACAGGCGGCUUCAUCAUGGCCGGCGCCCCCGCAAUCGAGUCCCUCAGGGACCUCUCGAACCCACCCACCGACGCUGAGACCUUGGAAAUGUUCAAGCCCUCCACAGAACAAGUCGCGGAAAUAGAACGAAGCAUAUUCGAGCACCCGAUUACAAAAUCCUUACUCGAAGACCCCAAAUACAUUCCUUCGCGCCCCCACCUUAAGAUCCCAGAGGGCCUGCGAGCACAAAACUUGACUGGAGGCACCUUACUCGGUCCCGACAAAAUCGCCGUCCCACCGCUACAAUUCAGUACCGCAGACGGAUCAUCGUUUGUUUCUCUGCAAUAUCUCGGUGAAGCACUCUGCGGACACCCUGGUAUCGUCCACGGAGGCCUCCUAGCCACGCUCCUGGACGAAGGACUAGCACGAUGCUGUUUCCCUGCUUUGCCCAACAAAGUAGGUGUCACUGCCAGUUUAAACAUUACAUACAAGGCGCCGUGCAUGGCAGGGCAGAUUGUCGUUCUAAGGGCGGAGACGACAAAGGUUGAGGGGAGGAAAGCAUGGGUCAAGGGCUGGUUGGAGACGAUUCCCAAGGAGGGCAAGGAACCGCUUAUCCUAACGGAGGCAGAGGCAUUGUUUAUUGAGCCGAGACAGGCGGCGCAGAUGAGGAGGGUUGUUAAUUAG